AAGUGACGUACUUUUCCAACGUCAGCUGAUCGAAGCAAUUGCGUAUCUGUAGUUAUUGAAUUUAUUUUGCGAUGAGAAGAUCUGCGACUUAAACUUCCGCGCGGUACCGUCUCCGGUCUAUUGACGUAGUCGGGCGCCGAGCAGCUGACACGUGACUUCAACGCGGUUUGUUGUUGUUGUUACAUCACAAGGGCCUGAAAAGUCACCUGCGAUGCUAAGCUAAUGGGCUAGAUGUUGACAGUGGACAGACUCAGUGCUAGCCAGGAAUAGCCCACCCAAAUAUCAAACAUGAAGGUGUACGACUAAAAGACGACUAUUUUCUUUUAAGAGAAUAUCAUAUUAGUCCAUCACAGAAGGUUGGGGAAGCCCAUGUCUGGAAGUCAGGGCAGGCUGACAGGAAUUCUAUCGCACACGGCGCAGUCGUCGUCCAGCUGUACGAUGUGGCUCAAGAUGUUCUUUUUGCUCUUGUAUUUCAUCGUUUUGUUCAUGCUGGCUCGGAUAUUCGAGGCGGUGGUUUGGUACGAGACAGGUGUGUUCGCCACACAGCUGGUCGACCCUGUUUCUCUCAGCUAUAAGAAGCUGAAGACCAUCCUGGAGUGUCGAGGGCUGGGAUACGCUGGGCUGGCUGAGAAGAAGGAUGUCAGCCAACUGGUGGAGAAAUCGGGAGAGCUGACACACGGCGAGUUAUAUUCCGCCAUCAAGAAGGAGAAUGAGCAAACAGAGGCAGGUGAUGCCAGCAGCACACAUUUCAGCGGAGAGAUGCACUUCUAUGAAUUAGUGGAGGACACUAAAGAUGGCAUCUGGUUGGUUCAGGUCAUUGCUCAGGACCGAGAAGCUCUGCUCAGUAAGUCAAACUGGGGGAAGAUGGUGCAGAAAGUGUCUCAGUUUGGAAUCCGAACCGGGACUUUCAACUGCUCUCAUGACCACAGGUCAUGCAUGAAACGCGGCUGGCAGCGUUCCACUCUCAUCAUGUCAGUCCCACAGACGUCGGCAUCUAAGGGCAAAGUCACAUUGAAAGAAUACAACGGCCGUCGCGUGGAGCCCGAGCACAUCUUCCGUUGGAUGACUUCGCAUAUGUCUCAACGCAUCAAGACGCUUUCCCGUUCGGAGAAACUGCUGGAGGAGUGGCGCCCUGACCCGCGCCACCCAUUAAAGAUGUUUCUCUUCGCUCCCCUGCCUCAGCCGCCCGUUUUCUUCUCCUCGCUGUCGGUCAAGUUCACCGGCAGGAUCGAGUUCAUAUUCGUGGACGUCAGUCGCUGGGACAAUGACAGCAGCCUAUUAGAGAUCGGUGUGACGCAGAGCCCCGCCUAUAUCCUGAAGAUGCCGGAGGGGGUGUAUCACUAUGGCAACAGCACCGGAGAGUUCUUGUCUGUGGCCGCCAUGGACACCUUCUUGCGAUCACUUCAACCCGAGGUCAAUGACUUGUUUGUCCUCAGUCUUGUCCUCAUCAACCUGUUGGCAUGGAUGGAUCUCUUCAUUACACAGGGAGCGACAGUGAAACGUUUUGUUGUGCUCAUCCGAACACUUGGAACUUACAAUUCCAUCCUUUUGGUGUCUUGGCUUCCAUUUCUGGCUCUCCUCCAGCUGUCUUACCUGGAUGCUGUCUACGGUUACAGCCUGAAGUUGCUCCGCUACGCAGACACAACCACACUGGCCAGCGUGGUGAGAGCCGAUUGGACGUUCUAUUCUUCCCAUCCGGCUCUCUUCCUGUCCACUUACCUGGCGCACGGCCUGCUGGUGGACUAUUUUGAGAAAAAGCGUCGCUGUGGAAACAGAAGCCAAGAGGACAGCAGCACUAACUUGGAGUGGUUGGCCAGUUUGUGGGAGUGGUACACAUCCUAUCUGCUCCACCCGAUAGCAUCGCUACAACAAGUGCCGUCAGACUGGGAUGAUGACCCUAACUUUCUUUUUGAGCGCUUAGCCUUUCCUGAUCUCUGGCUUCGCCCGUUAGUGAGCUUGGACUACAUAAAAGCUUUACCGGCGUGGAAAUUCCGAUGCGGCGGUGGAGCCAAGCUGGAAGACGAGAUUGACAGAUCUCACUCAGACACAGACAGCAGUGAGUCAAGUGACUAUUCCUCACAAAGUGACAAGUGGCAGGAGAGCACAUCGUACAACCUGGAUGCUGACGCGCACUCUGUUGACAGCAAUACAGAGCGCGUGACGGAGGCGUGUUGCGGAGGCAAACCUGACUUCCCGUCUGCUCGCGGGGUGUCAAAAAGCAUCUCGCGAAAUGACCACGGCGAGCAUUCGGGAUGGCCCCGCGGGAUUUUGCGCUGCUCGGAAUGCGUCGUGUGCCUGGAGAACUUUGUGAGCGAAGAACUACUGAUGGGUCUUCCCUGCGGCCACGCCUUCCACCAGCAGUGCAUCGUUCUGUGGCUGGACGCGGGCCGACACUGCUGUCCAGUGUGUCGCUGGCCCAGCUACAAGAAGAAGCAGCAGCAGCAUGUUUAAAGUGGUUUAAGUGAAGUAAAUGGAAAUGAGCCUUUCUUAUCACCGUGUCUUCUGUUCCUAUUCUCUAAUCAUAAUUUCUGGCUUCAUUAGCACGAGAGCUCGCUUAGGAUUAAGGUGAGACAUGGUGGGAGCAAUGCCAAAGCUAACAUUGUCUGUGUGACCUAAGCAGCUGCCGCAACCAUCUGUCUGCUUGUUUCCAUUUCUGUGCUGAAUGUUGUGACUCAAUGUUCCCAGUCUGGCAAUAAAUUCGUAAUGGCCAGUCACCUCCGUGUCUCUGUUGAAGAGUUAGGGUGUAGAAAUUUGGGGCAUAUUUUGAAUUCCGUAAACAGGCUAGCUUGAACAGUGCAUUAUUGUAAUAGAUCAUCAUUCUGAUGGAUAGUUCGCGGAUAACUUGUCAGCAUAACUUUUGUAAAAUAUUCUUUAUUUCAAUAAAGUUUGUUCUGGGGGAUGUCUGAUUACUCGAACAAUGCAAAUUAAUUCAACAAUCAUUAUUACAACUUUCUGGAACGUGUUUUGGAAAUAUGGGGUACCGAACACCCUGACAUUUUCAGAGCAUAAUUAUGGUAUUCGUACACUGCUGGCCAAAAGUAUUAGCACCCCUGCAAUUCUGUCAGGUAAUGCUCAAUUUCUCCCAGAAAAUUAUUGCAAUUACCAAUGCUUUGGUCGCAAUAUCUUCAUUUAUUUUGCUUGCAAUGAAAAAACACGAGAAUGGGAAAAGAAGUGGUACAUAACAGGUGGUGGCAAUAACUAAAUCUAACUUGCAGCCAGUUAAAAUGUAUUUAAGUUGACUCAACCUCUGUCCUGAGCAGAGGUUGCGCUAGACUUUU